UGGGAUUUGGCAUUAUGUGGUUGCGCGAGGAGAAGGGCUAUUUGGGGAGAGAGAGAGAGAGAGAGAGAGGGCAUUGAUUUCAGGCCCGAGUGUGCGUACAAAUUAACGCGAUGGCGUAGGGGUGCUUUAGGAGGGGGUUCUUUUCCAAGCUUUUCCGGGUUUUGGGAGAUUCCCGAUGGCACAGCCGAAUUUGGCCUUCGUAUAAUUUCGAGGCAGGAUUUGACUGGGUCACGCGGAGGAGGAUUCGCUCUCUCUCUUCGCUUCUUAAUCUGUCUUAGACAACCCUCUCGGAGAAUUAUCUUCGCUUUUUCGUGCUACUUGAGGUGUCUUGUUUGCGGAGCGGCGGAGCUUAGUUAUUUUCAUGCUCUCAUUAAGUACUCGCUGAAUUUCUCUCAGUUGAGUAGUCGGCGCGGGUGUUGGUUGAGUAUGCUUUUGGAGACUUCUGAGCUUUUUUUUGUCUCAUCGAUGUAACCUCAAAAGGGUCCUGUAAGAAGUCUACAGUACACGUCUCGGCUUUACACUCCCAGUUGGGUCACAGAAUGAUUUGGUCCUUUCGCUUUUUUCAUGCGCUUUGCUAACUGAUCAUCUCGUCUGCUGGGGACAACGCCCUGUUCUGAGCACCUGCUGGGAACAAGAGGCGCUGGGAGAAUUAUGCGAACGACGCUGUCCUGCUACGGAAUUCUGGAUUAUUACAGGGACUUUACUUGGUGAGAGUGUUGCUAGAAUUUUAAAUCUAUUUCGAUAACUUGAGCUGGUGUGAGACAUUUUCUUGAGGUAUUGUGAGAGGAAGAGGUGGAAGGAAGCAUGGGCUCAUGAGAAUUUUAGUGUAGCUCGUGGAGAUCUUGUUGAGAAAUAAAUUGGAUUGAGAGACACGCGGUUCAAAACCCCUGCAACUUUCAUGCAGGAUUGGUGAAUUUUUCAAUUCAGAACUAUGCCUCCGCAUGCGACGGGUAAUUUUGUAGAAAUGCCGAGGAAAUUGACGAAGAGCACCCCACCAACUACGCCGCCAAGUGAGGACGCAGAGCUACAGAGCACAAGCAAGAGACUCUCUCGGAAUUCAACCCGAAUCAGCUCCUCAAAAAUCAUGCCCAAGGAGCCUUCUCCUAAGCAAGCAUCGGUUGAGAAGGCCAAGAAGUCCAAGUCCGGCGAAGCGACUCCCACCAAGGAGCCACUCAAGUCGUGCCUGAAGAAGCCGUCCGAUGGAAACGCUUCGCAACUUUCGUAUCGCAGCGAGUGCACACAAAUGUCGAUGCGCAGCGAGUUCACCGACAGCGUGUUCGAGCACAGUGGCUCGCUCAAGGGUGUUCAUUACGAAAUUGCGAAGGACGGCCUCGAAUUGGCUCAUCGACAGCUAGAGAUUGCGGCGAAGUGGUCCCAUGAGGACGAGAACGCUGAGCAACUCCAGGGUCCGGACACAACGCCCACCGCCGUCCCUCGGUGUUCGCCCCGGGGGUUUCCGGUGGAGUUCAUCGAGGCAUUUGCUCGCGACGAGGAGUCGGUCGCAGACAGCCCUUACAUGGGUCCCUACCUUCUGAAGCUUGCGAAAUUCUUCGAUUCGGGAGACAAUACUGCGAAAGCCCUGGAGUAUUGUAUCCGCGCUGUGAAAUUCUACGAACGGCAUGCGCAACGGGAGAAUAUACUUAACCUCGUCCUCAGCCUGCACAUCCUGGCCACCCUGCAUUGCCAUCUCAAACAGUACGAGUGCGCCAUUGCGCAACUUGAGCGCUCCCUUACCCUCCCCUAUCUCGAAGGCGGAGGGGAAGAGCACGCUCUUGCGGCUUUCAGCGGCCACAUGCAGCUUGGCGACACCUUGUACAUGGUUGGGAAGUUAUCCUCAAGCCUGAAACACUACCACCAAGCUCUCGACAUUCAGAAGUCUAAUCUUGGGGAAUUCGAUCCCCGCGUUGCGGAGACUUGUAUUUACGUCGCUGAAGUGCACAUCCAGGCAUUGGAGUUUGCCGAAGCCAAGGAGCUCUGUGAGCACUCGUUACUCAUCCAUACGAAGCACUGUGAGUCAGGAGCAGUGGAGGAAGCCGCUGACCACCGGCUCUUGGCGAUCAUCCUCAGCGCGCAGGGAGAACACAGCAAAGCCUUGGAAUCACUAGUUUAUGCAAAUGACAUCUUCGUGAAAUUUGACCACGAGCUGGACGUUGCUACCGGGAACCAGAGCAUAGGGGACGAGCUUGUCGCCCUCGGCCGAGACUCCGAGGCCUUCGAAUGCUACGGCAAAUGCGUCAACGACUUCAAGAUACUGCAAGGCGAUCAGAACGCCCUUGUGGCAUCAACUUAUACAAGCCUCGCGGAUCUGUACAUGCAGACAAACAAACCCAAAGAAGCGAAGGUCCACUGCCAGCUCGCUCUUCAAAUCCUUGCCAAACAAGGAGUGGGUCACACUCCUGACGAUGUGGCUUACGGGUUGGUGAACAUCGCAAGCAUUCUUGAGCAGCUGAACGAGAAAGAAACGGCGCUUAUUCUCCUGCAGCGGGCGUACAACAUCCAAGACAAAUUGCCAGGUCAGCAAGCCACCGUUGCAGGACUAGAAGUCCAAAUCGGGAUCCUUCAGAACAUGCUACACCAGUUCAAGCCUGCCUUGGAAUCGUUUCAAAGUGCUUUAGCGAAAAUGAAGGCCGGGACUUUGGGAAACUCCCCUCUGAUAGGAUUAGUGAUGAACCAAGUGGCCAUUACCUCCAUAGAACUAGGCAAUAUCCCGCAAGCAGCUCGAUUCUUCGAGGAUGCGAAGGCCGUGAUGGACAUUACUGCUGGUCCGCAGCAUCUGGAUACUCUGGACGUAUGGAGUAAUCUUGCUUGCACUUACAUCACCCUUGGACGAUCGGAAGAAGCUCGGGAGCUUCUAGAGGAGGUGGUGAGAGUGAAGGAGGAGAAGUUGGGAGCGGUGCAUCCAGAUGUUAUCGAGGACAGGGCGCGGCUCCAAGCAUCACUGGUGGAGUCGGGGCAGUCGACAACGUACAAGAGGUCGCGCAAGCUUGUGGAAAUGCUAUCGUCUGCAAGGAAAGCUUUCCAUUCAAACCACUAGAGGAGCUUUGUGUAAAGUAGGUGGAGAGUAGUGUACAGUAGAAAAUGUGUUGAUAAGUUGAACUUGUAGGCGCAUCAAACUUGUACAUAGAUCUGAUACAUUAACUCGACGAGGGGGUUGAGAUGAUGGUAGCCUGGUGUGGAAGUGAUUGAGAAACACAAGCCAGAAUUUUGAGUCUGCAAAAUCAGCCACUGUUAGUUCCUACUUUUGAGUGGAAAUGUAACGAGCUUCAACUUUGAGUGGAAAUUCACGAAUUUUCUUUUUGUUGGUCAA